UUAUGCUUCUUUGUGAUUACCGGUCCUUUAUGACACAAAUGGCCGCAAGAAAAAUAUUGUGUGUUAAAGACGAACGAAAAUAACGAAACUCCUGAACAUGAUGAUGGACCUGUGUGAUGUCGCGGGUGUCCGUUCCAACUCCUCCCAGACAGACGACUUGGACAAAGAGGAUGAGGAGGAGGAUCUGCCUCCACUCCCCUGCAAAGAUGACCUUAUGAUUGCUGGUGACUCCUGCCUUGCUGCCAGCGAUGUUGAAGAAGUUGUGGUUGUUGCUGAGAGCAAUGAUUCUUCGCUGUCGGGAAUGGACGACCUCGAGUGCCAAGGCACACAAGCUAGUCACAAUGAAACCGUGCUGGCCCCAUCUUAUUUCCUAGCGCCAUGUACAGACGAAUCUUUACCUGGCACACCUUGUCCAGGACAGACAUACGUUUUAUCUUUGCAAGGUGCACCAUGUAGUCUUCCUGAAGUUCCUGUAACAAAUUCCAUCCAACUGGUUGAUGCACUGCAAGGUCAACCUACGAGCAAUCCCUCAGUUAACAUCCCUUCUGAAACCAGCGUAAAUCAGAACUGGUUUACGAGCAAGGAAGACAAGACCACGUUACAGAGCAAAGGCCAUUCAUGGAAGCAAGGAAUGUUCUCGAAGGAAGAGAGCGAAAUACUCGAAAAUAACAUACAGAUCUAUUGUGAGGAACAUGGUAUAAGCAACCCUGCCACAGUGAUAUUCACCAUGACCAAGGAGGAGAGAAAGGAUUUUUACAGGACCAUUGCAAAGGGUCUCAACAGGCCGCUGUUCUCUGUGUACAGGCGUGUCAUCCGCAUGUACGACAACAAGAACCACAUUGGAAAGUACACAUCUGCUGAACUGGACAAACUGAAAGCAUUGCGUGCAGCUCAUGGGAACGACUGGAGGGUGAUUGGCAAUGCCUUGGGAAGGAGUGCAGCAUCCAUCAAGGACCGCUGUCGUCUCAUGAAAGAGAAUUGUAGACAAGGUCAGUGGCUGCCUGCGGAAGAGCGUCGAUUGGCGGAGGCUGUGUACGACCUGAGCGGCGCUCUCCCCGGAGAGAUGGUCACCUCUGGGCUGUCGUGGACAGCCGUUGCGGAUCGAGUUGCUAGUCGGUCUGAAAAGCAGUGCCGCACCAAGUGGCUCAACUACCUCAACUGGAAAGAGGCAGGCGGAACACAUUGGACACGCGAGGAUGACAUCACGCUCAUCAGCACGGUAUAUGCAUUAGGUGUGACUGAAGAAAGUAUGAUUGACUGGGUGGAAUUUGCCAAAGACUGGUCAAGUGUCCGAUCGCCACAGUGGCUUCGUGGGAAAUGGUGGAGCCUCAAAAGGCAUGUUCCCAGUGCCAACAAGAUGAGUUUCCGAGAACUGUGUGAGCACCUAUACAAAGACUACGCUGAAAAAAUAAAACUCUCAGAAGAAGGGUUACACGGAGAAACAUCUGGGACGGGGAAGAAAUCAGCAAUUCGGUUGCAUCCCAAGGUGUCCACACCGAGUGUGCAGCCCAACCUGAGGGUCAUCAAAAGUUCGACACCAGUACUGCCACAACCUGUGAUAACACCACCUGCCGUUCUGCCAUUAACAGUGCCAGUAACAUUACCUACCAGGCUUCCCAUUCUGGAGGUGAUACCACAAAAUAUUCAUCUACCUGUUGGACCUCAAGCCAUUAUUUUGACAACUCAAGGACAGGGAAAUGGAGCAUUGGCAACAGCUCUACCACAGGGACAGAUUCUCAUCCAAACUCUUCCUUCGGAGCCUGUGCACGAGAACAAGAAUGUCCUGGUACAGAUGAACCUGGCACCGCAAGUAGUGAUGGGCACCGAAACUCAGUUCCUCUCCUCAGCACAAGACACCAUGAUGGUACCGUUGGUGGAACACGCUGGCGUAGGUACAAGCAAUUCUUACGGGGAAUGUUGCAUCGAUCAGGACGAAUUUCACAAUGAGGAAAUUCAUCAUCACUCGUCAUCUAUCGACGAGGUUGAUGAUUCCUCAAUAGUUUCUAGUCAGAUUGAUGGGAAACAUGCAGAGAAUGUAAUACUCGCAGAUCCAAUGCUGGCUGGGAGCCCAGAACUUCUGGAAUCGACGUCAGACAUUGAUUCCGAUAGGUCACAUAUUGUGGAUAGCUUGGACGAAGUUGUUUCGGAAGAGAACUGAAGAAAACCUGUACUAACAUCAUUAUACAGCUUAUUUCAGUUGA